CCUGAAGAUGUUAGACUGAUUCGGGAAAACAUGAUUUGAAAACCGUCCAGGAAUCCCUGUAAGUCGUCGAUCGCAUUCAUAUCGUUGAAGCCUCAAAUGUUUCGUUCAUUUUGCAAGAAACUACUGCAGAUCAUAGUGGGCAGUGAUUCAUCAACCAAAAUCCCUAUUCUUCAAGACCCAUCUCUAAGAUCCAUCUCAAAUGCCAAAAUCCAACCUUCUGGAUUGUCCCCAGAUUUAUCUCUUAAAGCCUUUCAAAAGGCUUUUAUCAGAACCAACAGCACCAGCAGAUCUGAGACAGUCCUUGCACUCUUUGACACCUAUGAAUUGCCCAAACCCCAAAUCUCAAAGCUCAUUACCAUGUACCCAUCACUGCUCUUUGCUGAUCCUGACAAUACCUUACAACCCAAAUUAGAAUUUUUCUCUAAAAUGGGGAUUUCAGGUCCCAAUCUUGCAAAUAUCCUCUGCAGGGACCCAAGCAUUUUGGAUUGCAGCUUGGAAGACCAUGUUAUCCCUUUGGUCAACUUCCUUAAGAAUUUCAUUCACAGCGAUGAAGAUAUGGCUGUCAUUCUGGGUCGCUUGAGAUUGCUGAAGGGGGUCCCUGAGUUAAUGGGUCCAAAUAUUGAGAUCUUGCGCGAACAGGGCUUACCUGAUUCCAUCCUUUCAGAGCUAAUAUUACGACGACCUCAGUUGUUAACUUGGAAAGCUAGCCGGUUUAAGGAGAAGCUACUGCAAACCAAGCAAAUGGGUUUUGACACCUCAAGUUCCCUGUUUGUUCAGGGAUUCCAAGCAUUUGCACAGAUGAAUAAGCCUACCUGGGAAGCGAAAUUGGAGGUUUUCAGGAGUUUUGGAUGGUUGGAGAAUGAGAUUCUCUCUCUGUUCAGAAAGCAACCUGGUUAUUUGACUCGUUCUGAGAAUAUUAUCAGGACCCAUUUGAAUUUCUAUAUGAACAAAUUGGAUUGGACAGCUGUGGAUAUUGUCGAGAAUUCAGAACUUUUACACCAAAGUUUGGAGAAGAAAGUUAUUCCAAAGUGUCUUGUUCUUGGAGUUCUUUCCUCCAAGGGUCUGUUCGAGAAAGAAAGAUUGGGCAAGGUACUGAAGAUGACUGAAGUUAAGUUCUUGAAGAAGUUUGUAAUGAAGUACGAGAAGGAACUACCUGAACUGUUGAAAUCGUACAAAAGUAUGACAGAAUCUCCCAGACCAGAAACUGGGUCUGAGGAAGGCAGCAGGGAUGAAUCUCAAUAUGAAUUCGCUGGAGAAUGGUCACCCCAAAUAAUUGGAAGCUGGGGCUUUCUCAAGCAUCUCAAGGAAAAAAGCAAUCUGAAAGUUCAGAGUCAUAUUGUGGAGACAGGUAUUGAAGAACUUCUGAAUUAAUUUCAGCAAGUGGAGUUCCACUGGA